AUGAAGUCGGCACUAACAACUCCAAAUUUUCUUAGGAAUUGUUUAGUACCAGUUAUUUAUACUGUAGGUACUAAUAAAGAAGAAGAAAAACAAGAAAAACUUCGUACUGUUCAUUCAGAAUCUAAUGUAACACAAUCAAUAUCAGGAGAAUCAUCAGUAAUUUUUGAUAAUUACGAUAAUAAUGAAGAUUAUGAAAAGCAAGCAGAUGAAACAAUUGAUGAAAUAUGGAAAAUAUUUAAAGAUGAUAAUGCAUGGUCAGAAGAAGCAAAAAGUCGUGAUGGACUUGAUAUUGUUGUUUCAAAAAAUUUUCCGAAAUGGGGCAAAAUUUUUCGAUUAACUAGUAUUGUCACAGGAUCUCAUUCUCAUAUUAUUGAAAUGUUAUUCGAACGUCAAGAAGAUAUUCCAAAAUGGAGUCCAACUGUUAAUGAUUGUAAAAUAUUAGAAAUUAUUAAUAAUGAUUUGUACAUAACUUAUCAAUUAACUAAUGAACAAGCACAAGGUUUUAUUGCGAAACGUGAUUUCGUUAAUUUAACAAUACGUCGACUUAUUGAUGAUAUUGCAAUAUUAGCAGCACAAGCAUGUUCUUAUCCAAAAAUGCCUCCAAAUAACAAUUGUGUUCGAGCAGAAAACGGACCAACAGCAUAUAUUGUUGAAAAAAUUGAUGCAACAACUUGUAAAUUUACUUGGUUACUUAAUGUUGACUUAAAAGGCUGGCUUCCACAAUAUCUUAUAAACAGUUCAUUAGCUAAUGUUCAACUUGGUCUUGUUGAAUCACUACGAAAUUAUAUAUCUAAAUCUAUUGAUAUUGAAUUAUCUUAUUCAUCAUCUAUAGGUGCUAAUACAGCAUAA